UUGCGUCUCUCUCUUCACGCCUUAUCUUCUUCUCUUCUCUCGAACCAUCUUCUCUGUCAUCUCUGUUCGUUGUUGCCUCCCCUUCCUUCUCCUCACCGGCGUCCUCUCACUUCAUUGUUGCCUCCCCUUAAUUCUCCUCACCGGCGUCCUCUCACUUCAUUGUUGCUUCCCCUUAAUUCUCCUCACCGGCGUCCUCUUGUGAUGGACAAUUUGGCCGAUGCCACUAAAAAGCCGUCCUGGUUGCGUAAGAAAUACGGUGACAACCUGGUUUUUGAUACCUAUGACGGGUUGGAGGGCUUGGACGACGAAUCCGGCGAAGAAGUGAGCUCGGUACCGGUGGGCGAGGAAGAUGAUGAUGGGACUGGCAGCGAUGCGGAAGGGACAGAUGACGGUUUCCGAAAGAGACGCAGGCUGAUCUGAACAUUUUGGAAGAAGAGCAUUAAGGACAGUAAACUUCUGUUGUCUUUAUCUCCUUACUUUCAUGUGUUUGUUCUGAUUUUGUGGAAAUUGCCUUCGUGUGUGAAGUCUCUUGGCCAAUGUUUGUAACUUGUGAUGAAUUUGGGCUUCUGUUGUGUAAUGAAUGAUGUUCCUCUGUGAUUGUUGUUAGCCAAUGAACUGUGAAUGCCAAUGCUCUAACCAUUACAUUUAUGCAACCCACAAUUUGAAUGCGCAGGGGGUAUUUCUGUAAUGGUUUAAGUGUAGGGGCCAUAAUGUGUGCAAAAUGUGUGUGAAACUUGAGCUUUUGUGUUAAGUAGAUUGCAUUCCAACUGUGCUAAAUUUAAAUUGUACAGAGUACACAUCUAAUUUGAGGGUAUGUCAAAAAAUAGUACUACCAUGGGUGUAGAAGUACAAACAAAAAAAGUACACCACCUAGUUCAUCUACCACCUAGUUCAUCUACAUACUGUGUACUAACAAAAAAUAACCAACAUUUAAUUGGCUGAUCUGAACUAGUUCUGUUAUGAUCAGUUAUAAAGUGUUGACAAGUUAUAAAGUGUUGACAGUUCAAACUUGAAGAUCCUCUUGAUCUUCAUGUAUGAACAGAUUCCCUUGGGAUGUGUUGGGAUGUGUUUGUUGCCAUUUGUCCUCCAAACAUUGCCUUAGCUGUCUGGUACAGCUCUUGAGUGAUUUGGACAUCUGUAGGUAACAUACCUUGUCUGUCCAGUUUGUCUUUUCCAACAUGCCUCAGCUUGAAAUUGUUGCCCCCACUGUGUUUCAUGAUUUCUUCCAUGACAUACUGAUAACUGAGAAAAACCUUGUUCAAUGUAUGAGGUGUAAGCUCAUCAAAAGAUGCCUGUACUGCAUGUAUUAGGUCCAAUGUGUUUUUUGGUGCCUUUUGAUCCUUUAUUAUAUCAAUUGCCCUGAAAAAUCCCAAGUUCAAUACAUUUAAAUCUGGACUGUUGGCUGGUUGAUAUCUACGUUGGAUGUUCCAGCCAUCUUCAGUUCCUGAUUUCACAAACUCUUUGUCCUUAACAUCAAUAUGAGGUCUAACAUUGUCUUGUUGUAUGAUUACUGACUUGCCUGCUGCUGUGGCCACUUCUGUUUGAUUGUUGGCAAUACGUGGUUCAACAUCAUUUCUUUAAUGACUGACCUUGUAAUGCUUAAAGUGGGCUUAGUUUCUAAGGAUCCAGCAGGCCUAUUCUUGUUGGAUCUCUUAGCCGUAUCUUCAAAUGUGAAAGGGAAAAUGCCUAUUUCCCCAUCCCACAAUACAUUCCCAUUGCUUUCUAUUCUUGGCCUCCCAACAGCAGCAAGGAACAUGAUUUUAGGUAUAAACUUCUUUGAUUGGGCAGUUUUAUAUGGAUCAGGCUCUGUGGGAAUAGUAUAAAAAGUGGUGGUCUCUUUUGACAAAUAGAACCACUUUUCAUCUAUGUGAAUGUAGUCAUAAAAAUCAUGAAACGUUGGGGUUAAGUGCACUGUUUCAGGCCGUAUAUGGCUUAAACAGAACUCUAACCUCUUCAUUUUCCCAGCUUCUUUUAACAAUGGCUUUAUUGCAUUUGAGCGCCUUCUUAUUUGCUUACCUUUAAACCACCUCUGCACAGUUGACUUUGAAACCUUCAUUGCAAAUGCCAAUGCUCUCAUAUUUUUCGCUGGUGUAAAGGAAUUUCUGCAAUUUGCUGCAUAUCAAAAUAAACUUUUUUUGGCCCUACAUUUCCUUUCCACCUACUUCGCACAUUGAUGGCCUCUCCACUAUGCAUUGCCUCCUUUGCUUUUAGCCACAAUUUUUGGACUGUCCGGGAAGAGAUGUUAAUAUCAUUGGCUAACUUACUUAUCAUGCCCCUCUGAAGUUUUCCCUCACAAGCAUGGGCCAACAGAUUUUCAAUUAUGCGACUUCGGUCUUGUGGUGACAACUUAGGCCAUUUUUUGUGUAAGGGUUCACUGCUGUGUCCUUCGUUAUCUGCGUGGACUGUGUGUGCGUCUGGCUGUGCAGGUACAGAGGCUGUUUGGACCAUGGUGUAUUGGUCUGGCAAGGGCAUGGUGUCUUCAUGGGGUAGGGGCUCCACAUUGUUGUCCAAAAGGCCACACGGUUGCUGAGAAGAGGCUGCCCCUUCACUGUCCAUUUCUGGAAGAAGACUUUAAAGUAGAAGUAGAUUUUUUUUAGAUAGAGGCUUCCUCUCUCUCCUCACUGCAUGCGGCAGAACUUUUACCAUGGGCAGGGUGGUAA